UGUUCGAUCUUGAGGUUGUCAAUUUUUUGCCCUAAAAAUUCAUUCGGAACAAACCCACAACAGGAAAAAGUUAAAAACAAAAACCUAUUCCUUGGCUUUUGGAAUUCCUUCUCUGAUACCCUUCUUCCAUUUCUCUUACCAAAAAAACCAUUAAUUCUCUACCCCCUUCUAAUUUUCUUUCCAUUACUCUUCAUGGGGAUGAGGUCUCUGUACAGGAUUUGAGGUCUCUAAGUGUUCUAUUUUGGAGAGCAACUUUUAAUUGUUGUUGGAGGAGGAACAUUCAAAGAACAGGUUUUGGGUGGACUCUGAAUCAGAUAUUUUGAAGUGGGUGUGAUGAAAAAUUGCUAAUUGAGAAGUAAAUCAGAAGAAGGAAGGAGCAGCCAUGAAGUUUAUGAAACUUGGAUCUCGGCCAGACACUUUUUAUACUAGUGAGGCUGUAAGGAGAUGAGAAAAGGAGUUUCUUUUGCUUCAAAUGCAGGUCUGUUUCCUCUGAAGUUUCCAGUGACCUCAUAAUUCAGGUGAAAGGAAGUAGAUAUUUGCUUCACAAGUUCCCUCUGUUGUCUAAGUGUUUGCGUCUGCAAAGGCUAUUCUCUGAAUCAACUGAAUCUUCUAGCCACCAAUUAAUCCAACUCCCUGAUUUUCCUGGUGGAGUUGAGUCAUUUGAACUCUGUGCGAAGUUCUGUUAUGGUAUCACAAUCACUCUCAGUGCCUACAACAUUGUACCGGCACGAUGUGCUGCCGAGUACUUGCAGAUGACUGAGGAUGUUGAGAAGGGGAACUUGAUAUACAAAAUUGAAGUCUUCUUCAACUCCUGCAUACUUCAAGGAUGGAAGGAUUCUAUUGUCACACUACAAAGUACAAGGGCCUUUCCAUUGUUGUCCGAGGACCUUGGAAUCACUAGCAGAUGCAUUGAAUCAAUUGCCUCAAAAGUCUCUACGCACCCAUCAAAGGUGAGUUUGUCUCAUAGUCAUUCGAGAAGGGUUAGGGACGAUGUUUCAUGUAACGGGGCGGAGAGCCAGAGACUUAACCAAGCAAUCAAAGGUUGGUGGGCUGAGGAUAUUGCAGAAUUGGGGAUAGAACUUUAUUGGAGAACCAUGAUAGCUAUUAAAUCUAGUGGAAGAGUACCCUCCAAACUUAUCGGCGACGCAUUGAAAAUCUAUGCAUCUAGAUGGCUACCCAACAUAUCACCUAGAGAUGGGAAUGUUUAUAAGCAAGAAGGGUGUGAUUCUGAUGCAGAUACAACGUCAGGGAUAAACUCAAAGCAUAGGCUGCUAUUGGAAUCAAUGGUAAGCUUAUUACCGGUAGAAAAAGGCGCUGUUUCUUGCAGUUUCCUUCUUAAACUCUUAAAGGCAUCAAAUAUUCUUAAUGCUUCUUCUUCAUCAAAGAUGGAAUUAGCAAGAAGGGUUGGACUUCAAUUAGAGGAAGCAAGAGCCAGUGAUCUAUUAAUACCUUCACUAUCAAAAAAAAAAGACACCUUAUAUGAUGUAGAUAUAGUUUUGACAAUAUUGGAGGUGUUCAUGUUACAAGGGCAAAGUCCACCUACUAGCCCUCCAAGAUCCAAGCUUGGGUUUGAGAGGAGAAGGUCAAGGUCUGCAGAGAAUAUUGAUUUUGAGCUCCAAGGGAGUAGGAGGUCGUCUUCAGCAUCUCAUAGCUCAAAAUUGAAGGUGGCAAAGCUUGUGGAUGGAUAUCUUCAGGAGAUUGCAAGGGACGUAAAUUUGCCUCUAUCGAAGUUUAUUGCAGUUUCAGAAUCCAUCCCUGAAUUCUCAAGGCUUGACCAUGACGAUCUCUACCGAGCCAUUGACAUCUAUCUCAAGGCACAUCCAGAUUUAAACAAGAGUGAAAGAAAAAGGUUGUGUCGAAUCUUGGACUGCAAAAAACUUUCUAUGGAUUCCUGCAUGCACGCUGCACAAAACGAGUUACUCCCGCUAAGGGUAGUAGUACAAGUUCUUUUCUUUGAGCAAGCUAGAGCCACCAUGAAUGGUGGCAAAAUGACUGAACUGCCAAGUAACAUCAAGGCACUUCUGGCCGCUAACGGUAUUGACCCUUCAAGGCCUACAGCACCAUUAAGCACUACUACUUCCAUUCCAGCAGAUGAUCAAUGGAGUGUCUCAGGCCUUAAAUCACCUAAGUCAACUUUAAGGAUGAAGCUGACCAAAGACGAUGAUUUGGACAUAAAUGGCAUGAACCCGGAUGGAAUUGGACGAUCUUCCAAGUUUAAGGCUUUCUGUGCCAUUCCAACGCGACCCAAAAGAAUGUUCAGUAAGUUAAUGUCUACGAAUAGAACUCCUAGUGAGAAAAAAUGAGCGAGUUUUGUUAAUUACUCGAUUGGAAGUAAAACUCAAUACUCUUGAGAUCUUGUGAUUCUUGAGAAAAUGCUUUGUAAUCUGUAGCUCACGCCAGAAAUGCCCAAUGUGCAUUAUUGAUGUAAUCUAAAUAUAAUAAGAAUCAACAGUUUCAGGACA